AUGACUCAUGAAGCUGAUGAGGCAGAGAAGAGUCUCUCCACAUCAGAACGUCUCAAACACCAGCAGAGACCCAGAGGGAAGAAACCUCACCACUGCUCUGACUGUGGGAAGAGUUACUCAAGAUUAGAUUCACUAAAGGUACACCAGAGAAUUCACACUGGAGAAAAAACGAAUAGCUGUUAUCAAUGUGGGAAGAGUUUCACUACAUCUAGCCAGCUGACUAUACACCAGAGAAAACACACAGGAGAGAAGCCUUACCAUUGCUCUGACUGUGGAAAGAGUUUUGCUGUCUCAGGAUAUUUACAAUCACACCAGAGAACACACACAGGAGAGAAGCCUUAUAGCUGUCAUCAAUGUGGGAAGAGCUUUUCUCACUCAAACACACUGAUAUCACACUUGAGAAUACACACUGGAGAGAAAUCUCACAGCUGCUCUCAUUGUGGGAAGAGAUGCACAUCUCUAGCAACCCUUAAAAUACAUCAGAGAAUCCAUACAGGAGAGAAACCUUAUAGCUGUGCUGACUGUGGGAAGUGUUUUGGUUUGUCAGGACAUUUAAAAUUACACCAGAGAACACACACAGGAGAUAAACCUUAUAGGUGUGAUCAAUGUGGGAAGAGUUUUAGUCACUCAGGCGGCCUGAUAGUACAUCAGAGAAUCCAUACAGGAGAGAAACCUUAUAGCUGUGAUCAAUGUGGGAAGAGAUUUGUUACAUCUAAUAGUCGUAAUAUACACCAGAGAACACACACAGGAGAGAAACCUUACCACUGCUCUGACUGCGGAAAGAAUUUUGUUUCGACAGGACAUUUAAAAGUACACCAGACAACACACACAGGAGAGAAGCCUUAUAGCUGUAAUCAUUGCGGGAAUAGUUUUGUUACAUCUGGCAGCCUGAAAAGACACCAGAGAACACACACAGGAGAGAAGCCUUAUAGCUGUGAUCAAUGUGGGAAGAGUUUUGUUACAUCUAGCUGUUGUACUAUACACAAAAGAACACACACAGGAGAGAAACCUUAUCACUGCUCUGACUGUGGGAAGAGUUUUGUUUCAUCAGGAUGUUUAAAAUCACACCAGAGAACCCACACAGGAGACAAAUUGCAUAGCUGUGAUCAAUGUGACAAGAGAUACUCUGAUAAAAGAUCUCUGAUUAAACAUCAGAAAAUUCAUACAUGAAGGAGUUUAUCAAUGAAAUAAUGUCACAAUGUAGAAUGUUUAACAUUGUAGUAUGAGUAUGUUAAUUAAUAAUGUCACAAUGUAGAACCCUAAACGUUUUCCCCCUUUUCUAUUGAUUUCAGCGUGAUAUUAGCCUCAUCUGGGGAAAAAUCCAGGCUCUGAAUUAACAAAAAGUACUAUUUAUGUCAUUAACAAAAAGUGAUUGACAAAUAAAGUGUUGCGUUACACUUACGUUGGCAACCCACUUAAAUCAAAAUGCAUCACUUCAAACUUUAGCUGGCUGUUUUCUACUAAUUGUCCUCUAACCAGUGAUGUACACGUUAUUCCCAGACUCCAUGUGUUUUUUUAACUGUUCUAACCGUACGUGCAAUCUCAUCUCCCCCUUUCGCGCAAUUGAUUUCAUAUCGAUAUGAGUGAUGACAAAUAAGUGUUGCGUUUCUCUUCGUUCUGGGGACCCCCACAUUUAAAUGCCUCACUCCAAAAUGUAGCUGACUGUCUUCUACAGGUUGUCCUCUAACCAGUGAGGCAAAAGAUAUCUCCCAUCUCCUUGUGUUUUUUUUUGUUGUGUUAGUUUCAACAGCACGUACAACCUGAUUUCCCCCCUAAUCAUUAUCAGUUGUUAAAACAGUGUUUUUGGUGCAUGUGCAGUUUAGUAGGUGCUCGUUUACAUUUUUUUUUUUAAGUAAUAUGAUUACUAUUGUGUUUGUGUAGAUAGUACAUUUCAUGUUUAGGUUGUCAAUAUAUCACAAACUGUUUCUGCAUAUUGGUUAUUGAUUAGGACACGUUAAAACUGUUUUGACAUUGGGCUCUCCCACCUAGCAAAAUGACAUUGAAAAGACAAGAAGUCUAUGCCCGAGGUCCAAACUACGUUCGGUUUUGGUUGAAAGUUGAAAAUAUGUAUUUUUCAGGUCCUUGUUUCAACGACUUGAAAACAACUUAAUUCAACGUACUUGCAGCCUAUACACAUGGACGCAGUAUUAAAAAAAAAUGGAUCUAUGAACAAUCCAUCAUCACUCCAGUAUUUCUUUACAACAUUCAGGUUGUAGUUGUCUUCUUUCCACUGAAGAAGUAUGACUCAAAUCACCUACUAUAUUUUAUUCAUAUAAUAUAAUAUAUAAUAUAAAUAUUAUUUCUAUUUCAAACAUUCAGCCUGAAAAAAUAUAAAUGUUUAAUAAUUCCAUUCCUCACCAUUAAUUAAGUGAAUUAUUGCCAAUACAUAUUAACAUUCUGUUUUGAUAUUUCAUCAUAUUUGCAUUUCAUGUAACAUUUAGUAAUCUUAAUUAUUUAUGCAACCAACUGACAAUUUUGGGGUUCAAAUUAUAUUGUUUACAAAGAAUGGAAUAAAACAAGUUUUUCCUUAGAAUGCUCAUUAGUCUUUCAGUUUUUAUUGUUAUUCUUUAGUUUUUUUAUCCUUAUGAUUGUUUUGUAGUAAAUAUUUAUGUU